AUGAAGGCAGUCCUUUCGUUCAUUCUUAUCGGCCUUACUGCCGCCGCUCCUGUUGACCAGGUCCAGCAGGUUCAAUUCCCCACUGGUUUUCCCACGGGUACCGAAGGUGGCUUCCCAUUCCCGACUGGUGGAUUCCCAACGGGGAGUGGUUUUCCCUUCCCGACUAGUGGGUUCCCUCCUGCAAGCGGCCACCCCUUUCCUACUGGUUCCCCUACCGGGCUCGCUAUUCCUACUCCUCCUACUGGCGUUUAA